AUGACUGUUCUUGCACAGUAUAGCAGUGAAAGCCCAAAAGUCGUCGAAUAUACAUGUUCAAUCCCAUCUACGCCUGUCGGAACCCCGCAGAAAGACCAACUACCAGAACAAUUAUGCAGAGAUCCCGAUGGAGACAACGAGCAUAUGCAUGACAAUAUAUCACUCCGGGGAGACAAGGAGCCAGUUUGUUGUUGCAAGCUCGGCCUUUGUGACAAGAAAUAUGCCAAAUUGAAGGGCCUGAAUGUAUUCCCUCCUCAUCGGGAGGAAAAUACUCCGGAUCAGAAGCAGUGGAUGUUAAAUAUAUCCCAGCUUGUGGCUGGAGGCCCUGCGGACAUCGCCAUAGAGCUCGCAAAAGAAAGUUACCGAAAGUUCCACGAGGUACCCAAUAAAGAGUUUGUCCGGUAG